GGGCAAGUCGCUGCGUUGGCUGGAAUCUGCCUCAAAUCUGCCUUUGUGGCGGGGUCAGCAUGCCUUCUGUGUUGUGUUGUAUGCCUAUGGAUAGCACAACAGCCGAUUUAGGUGGCGUGUGAGGGCUCGAUAAUUGCUUGUUGACGUUGGUGUGAGACCCUUCAUCAGGCUGGAUGGCAUCAAAUAUAAAUAACUACCUCAACCGACUCGAUCUCCUCCGGGCCUCAGCAACCUCGGUCUUCAUUACACCUCACAACGCCGAGCAUUAUCUCCCGGCGUAAACACCGCUACCUACCAUCAUUAGGCCCACCGCCAGCCAUGAACGAUUCACCUCCCCUCUCAAAGGGCAGCAUCAGCCAUGUUCCCGACUCGGAUAUCCUCACAAUGACACAGGAAUGCUUCCUGUCGGCAAAUCCCGACUUCGAUUGCGUCGCGACCGGCGCCCUUGUCUUCUCCCGGGCCACAGGGGAAGACCGCAUCCUGCUCAUCCAGCGAGCACUCCACGAUUCGUGGCCUGGGCGCUGGGAGGUACCCGGUGGAGGGUGCGACGCGGAAGAUGAGAGUAUCCAUCACAGUGUGGCAAGGGAGCUGCUGGAGGAGAGCGGUCUGGUGCUGAAAGACGUGGUGAGGGAAGUCGGGGAGGCGCAGAUCUUCCUAACGAGGAGUCGGAAAAGGGUUGCAAAGUUCACUUUCGAAGUGGAUGUAGAGACUCCUGUCCCUGGGGUUCUUCCGGAGGUGGCACUGGAUCCGGCGGAACACAUGGACUUCAUCUGGGCCACCGAGGAAGAGUGUCAGCUCGGUAAGAAGGCCGGUGGGCCGCCCAGCGGUUUGGGGCUGGAAACAAUGGACAUCGAGUUCACGAGCGAUGAGCAGAAAGCAUCCAUACUGCAGGGCUUCGAACUUAGGAGAGAAUGUGAGAACUUGAAGUGAAGAACCAUGGGCUUGGGCCGGGCCAUUUCAAGUUCUCUCAGCGUAAACCCUAACCCCAAUCAAGCAUGUUGACGUUAAUUAUUGGA